AUGCAUUACGUUGCCAAGAGCUUUUGGUAAAGCUAAAUCAAAUAAAUGAUUACAGAAAAGUUGCUUUCAUAGUUCAUGUAUCUUUGUUCGACUCACACUAUCGUGCAAAUGAAAUGAAGGUACGAAACCUUCAGGGCGCUUAUGCUUUUAAAUGUGAUAUGGUAUUUAGCUCAAGAAUAUGUGAAAAUAUAGAAAAAGGAAAAUAUCCUAAUGCGUACAUUUUUUCACCUGAAAAGGGGAUUGAAACGAAAAGACCUGUAACAGGAUUGGACUUUGCCUCAUUAUAUCUCAGUCUCAUCAUGGCUUACAAUCUCUCUCCAGAUAAAAUAAUACUAACACAUGGAGAGGCUGAUAUUGCAGAAAAAAAUGGAAACAUUUUACAUAAGAUUGAGUUUCCAUUCAAUAACUGCAUCGUUCAAGCUAGGAGUGUAAGACAUGAUAAUAAAUUUGAAAAGAAGGGCUUAUAUCCUGUU